AUGGGGAAGAUCGUCCCGCCCUACGGCGAGGGCGCGCUGGGCCAUCUCAUUCUCCAGGUUCUUCGCGACGCGGGCGAGGACGGGCUCGUGGUGACGGAUUUGAUCCAGGCGACAAAGGAUGCGGGGCGACGAUACCCGAGUACGGGCGCGGAGCGGUCGGGUGUCACGAACGUCAUCGUCGGGGGCACCGCGCAACAGAAAAAGCAGGCGAAGGCGAUCUUCUGGUGCGCCAACCCCCAGGAGAAGUUCCUCGAGCAGCGAUGGGCGCUACGGUUCGACGAUCUCGAUCUCGCGGGCCUCGGCGAGACCCCCACGGAGGACACGUACGUCCCGGCCAAAGGAGGACGCCGCAAAUCAUCGGACGCCGCCGACCCCGUUGAACCGACCGCCGCCGGCGCGUCCGCCCGGCCCCGGCGCCAGCGAUCGACGAGGCUCGUCGACGACGACAGCGACUUUGAGUACGGGGACGGCGAGGACGGCGGGGACGACGACGGCGAGGACGACGACGGCGACGAGGACGGUUCGUCCGACGACGACGACGCCCCCGCGGACCCGACGUCGCCCGUCAAGCCGAAGAAGAAGCCCCGGGGAGGACGGCGCCCGCGCGACAUCGACCCGAACGCUCCCGUCCCCAACGACGACCGCGACGAAAAGUUCCCGAAAGACUUUCACAAGGAGGUUGGCGGCCGGGUCCUGGGCGGGGACGUGUGGGUGUGCUUCCUGCCCCGCGGCGACGAGAGCGGACAAGCGGACAAAUCGUUCCGGCUGUUUCACCAGGACACCAAGACGCGGCGGUGGUUCAGGGACGUGGACGACAAGGGGUUUCACGCGCCGGGAACCCACGUGGCGCAGCUUCGCUCCAUCGUGGCGGUGACGCGGUACCUGGAGAGGGAGGAGGAUCGGGGAAAGCUGAGCGACGAGGACCUCGUGGCGAAGUAUUCGGACCCCAAGAAGGCGGCUACGCAACCGAAACCGUCGACGGAUAAUGUGAGGUCCAAAUCGCUCGAGCGGUCAAAGUCCGCGUCGACGGAACCUUCGGCGGGUAAGGUAAAAUCCAAAUCGCUCGAGCGGUCAAAGUCGAGGUCGCUCCCGGCCGAGCGCCCCGCGCCUCCCGCGGCGCCUCCCGCGGCGGCGGCGGCGGAGGGCGCGCCCGUCGACAAGCAGCUGCUUCGUCGCAUGCGAUGGGGCUGGCCCACGGCGGAGGCGAUCGCGGCGAACAAGGUGACGUCGGGCGUCCCCGGCAGGCGCAAGCCGGGUUCGGAACGCGUCCCCGAAGACGCCGCCGCGUACGCGUUCGUGCUCGUGCGCGGGGCUCCGGAGGGAAGCCCACCGCCCGCGGUGACGUCGCCGACGGGGUGGGUCAUGUGCAUCCCCGGCGCGGUGCUCAGGUUCAACGACGAAUGCUUGUUGAUGCUCGCGGAGGCGUGGGAGAGCGCCGAGGGCGUCGCGACGGUUUCGGGCCGCAUGGUGCUCACCCGGCGGCAGCUCCGGGAGACGUACCACCUGGGCAAGGGCGGGCCGGUGCGAAAGAUGCCGGGGUGGCAGGAGGACGGCGACCUCACGUUCGCCACCGAGGAGGCUGCGGACGCGCGCCAGCUGUUCCUGACGGAGAGGGUGGUGGAACGGAGACUGGACGAUCUCUACGUCUCCCCCGACGGCGUCCCCGGCGCGUGCCUGGUUCGAGCGAGGGAUUCUCGUAAGCCGCCGUCGAGGGGUGCCCUGCGGGACGGGGACGACGUGUGCGCCGUGAUCGCCAAGCGCAAGUACGACGCCGACUGGAACAACGUCGCGCUCGAGGACCGCGGGCCGUGGAUGCGUUCAAACGCGGAGGUGUUCUCGCCCGGGGACCCGCCGGUGCCCAGGGUGGGCGCGACGGGUGCGGCGAGAAUCGCGCGAGGAUCCAUGGACGCGUCGGGGGGCGGCGGCGGCGGGGCGGCGGCGGCGGCGCUCGCGGCGGUGGCGGAGAAGCGUCGGCUGAAGACGGAAGGGUCCGGGGAGCCGAAGGCGGAGGGGUCCGCGGAGCCGGAGCCCAUGGACAUCGACGGGGCGACCAAGAAGGAGAAGCGACGAAGGGUCGACCUGCUGCGCGACGACGACGGCGACGACGAGGGCGCCGCCGACGGCGACGACGGGGAGGAAUACGAGCCCGAGAAGAAGAUCCGGAAGAAGUCGUUCGUCGACGUCGUCCGCUCGGGAACCGAUCAAGGACGACCGGAGAGCGCUCCAGAGAGCUCCAGAGAGGACCAGAGAGCGCUGGAGGACCAGAGAGCGCUGGACGUUCACGCGCAGGUACGCGCCAAGGCUGACGAACUUCGCGAGCAGCAGGCGCAAAAGGCCAGAGCGGAGGCGGCGGCGCGAGAGCGCGCGUACGAGGAGAAGCGCGAGCGCGAGGAGAAGGCUCGCAAGGACCGCGAGGCUCGUCAGAUGCAGCUCAAGCAGAUGAUGGAGAGGCAGAAGCGCGAGAAGGAUAACGCGGCGCGCAUGAACCUGAUGGGCAGCGCGGUGGAGAAGCAGCGAAAGGAGAAGGAGGAACGCGAGAAACGGGCAAAGGCUGACGCGGAGAGGGCGCGGCGCGAGUCGGAGGUUGAGUCCGAGGCGGCGGCGUACGCGCGACAGAAGGAAAAGUACAAGGAUUGGCCGGUGAACCCCAAGACGGGGAAGCGUUCGCUGCUACUGGAGGGGGCGCGCCACCCGGUGUGGGCGCCCGCGCCUCCGCCGCCCGCGCCUCCGCCGCCGGCGCCUCCGCCGCCGGCGCCUCCGCCGAUCAUGCGGCAAAGUUCGAUGGGGUCGAUGGCCUCGAUGGGAGCGCACAUGCCGCGGGGACCGCCUCCGAGCUGGCCGCCGCCGGGGCCGCCGCCGCCGCCGCCGACCGCUCCUUACCUCGCGCCGACGCCGCCGGAUAAACGCGAUCGGAACGUGCGACCCGGCGAUCGAGACAGGAACAGGAACGUUCGCGACGGCGGCGGCGGUCACGGUGGACCCGGCGGGUGGUCGGAGCCGCGAGCCGGCGGCGAUCGGGAGCGCGGCGACGAGCUCCCGAAAGACAUCGACGGCGGCUUGAUUUGGGUCUCGCGCAGGGAGGGUAUCGACGAGGCGUACGCGAAAAAACUUAUCGGCAUGGCCAGUGAUGGCGGCUUGGUCUUCCAAAAAUGGAUCACGUCGCCAAACACGGUGAUCUUCUUGUGCGACGUCUCGAAGAAUGACGACGGUCACCAAAUCUUGCUCGACGUGUUUCGGGCCCAGCCUCGCGAGGGUGCGGGUGAGAGAAGAAUGUAUCGCGAGGAGUUGGGCGAUCAGCCCCUAGAUCCGACUGCUUUCCUUAGCAGCAAACCGGAUGGUCUUCCUCACCAGGUUAAGCUCGUGCCCUGGCAGAUGGGGUCGAGGCCGGGGAAGAUAGGGACGAUACAACGGGGUCGUUCCAGCAUCUUGAGGGACACGAACUUCCGGGACUGGCUCGGCAAGGACCUCAGAGAGAAAAUCAGGGACGGCAAGGACGAAUUCCCGGUCAUCCUGACGAAGCAUAUGGCCGAGGAGCUGGCGUUGGGCCUGAUAAAAGAGGGCAGGGAACAGGACAAGAGGAAGUCAAGGCGGCCGGGUAACGGUGGCUACAAGUAG